AUGACAGCAGUGAGAUCAUUGAUAUUUCUUUCCCUUUACUUUGCGCUCUUCUUAAAACUUUUCAAAGCUAAUGAUCAAUGCAGAGAGGGAAAAUGUCAAACUUAUUCCCUCGAUAUCUACGGAGAUGCCGUGGAAAACUUUGAGUUAAUUGGCCAUGUUUUUCACCAGUUUGCCACGAAAAACCCAAUUCAUUGCCACAGCCUGUGUGUUGAUGAUUGUCGGUGUUUGUCGUUCAACUACAAGGAAAAUAAUGAAAAAAACGUUUGCGACUUGAAUGACGCCAGCGACUUUACAGACCCGAGCUCUAUCAAACAUUCUCCGGGUUCACGUUAUUACAACCUUCGCAGGGCAUUCAGCGGCCAAAAGGUAUAAAAACGUAUAUCAUGGUGCAUAUAAUCUUUGCAACUUUUUUGGGCAAUAUUUAUGGUCAAGUCAAUUAUUUGUCUUUUGUAUCUAAGUAAUUAUAUAAAAGAGAAUUUUGUAAUGUUUAAGACAAGAACAGCAGUGUUCGCGCUCGAAUCAGUUAACCACUGAUAAAACUUUCUGUGCCGAGUACUUUGAAUAGCUUCCAAAACGUCCCCGGAGUAUUUCAUUUCAAAAGAACUGCUAAAUAUAAAUGCCUUCUCUCUUUUUAAACGUGUUGACUUGAAAAAUGUCAAGCAAAAGCAGUUAAGCUAACAAAUUUUUGGCAGAAAUAGUAUGCAAUUAAAUGUAAGUUUUGCAUCUGAAGUCACGGUUAAUAAUCGUUCACUGGCUUUCGCAAUACGGCCAUCCAGAUGAAAGAGAUUUCCACAACCGGCCAUACAAGAGGAAAACAAAAUGUUCACAGUAGAGUGUCACUUUUUAUAGGUUGACCGCAACGCGACAUGAUUGACAUUUAUACGGAAAUGUAAACUGGUACGAAUCAUAUUAUGUUGUUUGUGAGUCGGCAUUUGGCAUUGGUAGUACGUGAACCGCGGUUUGGUGUCUUCUCGGUUUAGAAAACUUCGUAUUUAGUUUUAGAAUAUAAGUUCUGACCGGUGGACGGUUUUUUUGGAUCUUUUUUCGCUUCGGUAGAUAGAUUUUGUUAGAUUUUGACUUUUCAUAUAAUAGGCCACUUGCACUAAGGGAUCACGUGACCAAUGCUUCCUUUAAACAAUGAGUUGGAAUCUUGCUGAUGCCAAAAAUUGUUAGAACACAUAAAAAUUAUCUUACACCCGAGAUUUGAGAGGAAACGCAUUUAAGGGAGGUAUUUUAUGGGACUUUGAUUUUUCCACAAAGUAGUAUGAUUUGUAUUGGCCUCCGUAUUGGAGGGAAUGUUCUUGCCCUCCAAAAUGGCGGCCAAAACUACUUUUUGAUUAUAUCUUGUUCAACGUCUGAUAGUUACGCUCAGAUGUGCUGUAAACGUUAUCACAUCAUCUUUUCAACAUUUUCCUUGAAGAUUAAGUGCAAAAUUUGUGUUCAGAGAGAGGUAAUUUAUAGAAAAUUCAUACAAGACAGCAAUUAUAUAUUACUGAAGAGAAAGUGAUUACAAGACUUUUUUCAUUAAAUUCUCCAGUUUAACAGGUGUAACCGGCUCGAAGCAAAGAGAAAGAUUGAUCAGUUGAAAAGAUUGAUGGUUACAAAAAUCAAGAGAACUGCAAGAAUCGAAAGUUAACGAAAAUAUUCAUAAAAAGACUUUGUUUAUGAAAUACAAGUUUAGUUCCCUAACAGUCCGAGUCCGUCCGGCAACAUAAGUCUUGUAACCAUUUCCUUCGUUAACAUAAUCAUAGGAAAAAGUACAAUUUUUAAUAACACUAAAACGUUAUAAUUAAACUUAUUUGAACAGGGUGGUUGUUCCUUUUUAGAAUACUGAUUGCUGACAGUAACACCUUCUCGGCAACUAUUCCAGUUUCUGUAAUAAAUUUACCAUUUAUUUUCCAACUUUAUUUUUCACAUUCAAAAUUGCGUUUUUGCGUUCUUUAACAUAAUGUCAUGUGGUAGUCACGUCAUAUGCGUCACUGGCUGAUCAACGUUUUCCUGGGAGUUAGCUAUUUUGUCACGAUUCGAGGAUUCCACUAUCACUUAUAACAUUUGUUCAUCCUUAACUAGUUCAUAUGAAUAAUACUUCUCAUCGCAUCUCUCUUUCUAAAUCCUUUUUUUUUUCAGAGCCACAGUGUGAUGCCAUGUGAUGGUGAAGUCACAUGCAUUAAUGGCUGCUGCAAGAAUAAUCCUUGCCAGAAUGGAGGAACAUGUACAGAAAUAUGUGAGCCCACGAGCGUUCGGUACAACUGUUCUUGCCCAGCAAAGUUUAUUGGUCGACACUGUGAGUUUGAAAGAAAAAGCUGCCAGGCCUAUAAAGCUGCAGGAGAAAGAAAAUCUGGAUUGUACACAAUCAUUGAUGACAGUGAAAGAGUCUUCAAAGUAUUCUGCGACUUUGACUCCGAACCCAAGUUUGCAUGGAACUUGAUCCAGUCAUUUAAGUUUUCAAACAAUGAUAAUUUUAAGGUAAAUAAGGUUCAAGUUAAAUCUAUGUUAGCUUAAAAAUAAAUCAUUUGUAUUGUGUUUCAUGUGGUUCUGUGUUUGUCCUUGUUAGAUCACUGGACUAACAAUUCGGAGGUCCCGAGUUCAAGUGCCACCCGGUCCACUGGUUUGAUUUUUUCUCGGUAGUAACAAGUUCAAAUCCUCGACCACACGUGUAAAUGAUAGUCAACAGGUUUACCUCCGGCCAGUUGGAAUUCUCAACGGGUCAAUUUAGGUUUCUUUGAAACUGCCCACCUACCCCUCCCCUAAGCCAUCAUUUUGCCCUAAGCGAGAAGUAAGUGUUGAUGUUAGCUUAGGGAAGGGGUAGGUGGACAGUUUCCCCGAAACCUAAAUUGAUCCUUCUUAACCACAUUGAUGUUUCUUUAUGGAGAUGUCACAAAUUCAGAAAGUGGAAUCUCAAUAACGGUCAGACAGAAUGAAACUCGAAUUUUAUCAAGACACCCCUUGCCGACCUGCCUGCUUCCUGAAAUCUCCUCAUAACUUACUGUAGAGAGAGCCAAAAACUUGACUGAGUUGUUGUUGUUGUUUAAAUAUGCAGGGCGUUAUCUUUUCUGACUACAAUGACGCAGAUGCGACCAGUGGCGAUCAACCAAACUGGCAUGCGUACUUGAUCCGCCCAGCAUACCUGGCAUGGCUUGGGGCCCAGUCCACUCACUGGCGAGCUACCUGCCGCUAUGAUACCGACGGAGUUGUGUACACAGAUUACAUGCGAACAUCCCUGGCAGAUUGCAACAUACUUACCAUGCAGAAAGAAUAUGGUACGUGCUUCCAGUUUGAAUUCAUAAACAUCCGUGGACAUGAAUGUUUCAAUUGCACUGUACCUCUCUGGAAUGAAAAAGACGCUUAUUCUUUGCAUACAGAUACCCACAUCAAGAAUUGCGAGUUUGACGGGAAAACAGGCUCCGUUCAUCGAGAAGACAACUUUGGUCAUUAUGUUCGUUAUAAUUCCUUACAUCGCUGUUCUUCUGGCUCUGAUUCUACAACUCAGUUCUGGCUUGGAGGCAAAUGA